CGUUCAGCUUAUUCGCAAGCAAGCAAGCAACAACCUUAACCUUGACGGCAGCUGCAGAAAAGUGCAAGCAUGCAGGACAUAUAUAUUCUGCAAACCAAUUCAGAAGGGAAGUAAUUUAAUAACCACAUAAAUUUUCAUAUAGCGCUUCCAACCACGUGACUAGAAAUUAGAACCACCUUUCAGUUUUUAAUUAUGGAUAACUACGCAAUAAUAGUCGGUUAUUUUCUCCUUCUUGCGAUUGCACCCAGUUCAUUGGGCAAAAUUAUUUCUGCAAUACCACAGGAUGUACAUUGGAGGGUGGAUUAUAGUCUUCUCACAUUUGCAGCUUAUUAUGAUGGAUUUUGUCGCGAAGGCGAACAACCUGGCUUGAAAGACUUUGAAAGGGUUGCGUCUGUCGUGGAAGACCUCGGACAUGAUAAAAGAUUGAAUAUAACUUUUCUCAAGGUUGAUAGAAAAGGGGAUCCAGGUGCCAUACGAGAUUUCGGAGUUAUGUACUCCUUCUGCUCUGGAAACCCCACUUUCACUCUGUAUCGGUACGGGCUAAAGAAAGAUUAUGGAUAUCAAGGAUCCGUAGAAAAAAUGCUGGAUUGGCUUCGAAAGAACGCAGAACCAUCACUCACGAUUAUUACCACUCGGCCUGACUUGGCAUCCUUUAUUGCUACCAAGAAAUACAGCGUGGUUGGUUAUUUCAAAGAUCCGAAACUCUGGCGAUAUUUUUACACUGCUGCAGAUUCUGAUGACCUGCAAGGGAUAGAUUUUGCAGAUGUGCAAAAUUCCGAUUUAAGAUCGGCCUACUCGAAAGACACGGUUGUUGUAAAUCAGAAGUUUGGUCAAAUACAAAUCGCUUUGAAUGAGAAUUUGACGGUCGAACGAAUAGCAACAUUCGUCAAAGUGAAUACACACUUUAUCAAGCCAAUCUUAAUGCAUGACUGGAGUCCAAGUGAGCUGAUAGAUGCCGUCCAGAAUACGUCCGUAAUUUUCGUCCAAUUCUAUACUAAUCAGUGUCCAGUCGCCUCAUUCGUCAAGCAGGCGGCACAGGUCGGUCACGACAACGGGAUGCUAGAUUACCUCGACAUGAAAUUUGCAUCUGUAAACAUGACGAAAUACCGUGACAAUUUAGAGACCUUUGGUCUAACGCCAAAUACCUGCCGCGACAAGUCACUCUGGAGUGCUCCGCUAGUUAUGCGAUUGUUCAGAUACGGGAGAAUGAUUAAAUAUGCCGAUACAUUCGUCUCCCAACAAACGUUUACUUUGGAGGGAUUGCUACAAUGGUUGGAGAAGAAUACAAAACCGGCAACAAGAAUGGUGGAGGAACCGGAGGACCUCAACCUUAUUGUCAACUAUCAUGAAACAUCAAUAAUAGGAUAUUUUAAAGAUGGAUCAGAUGCGAGAAAUGUAUUCAGACGAGUUGCAGAACUAUUUCCAAAGUACACUUUUGGUGAGAUUGUUUCACCCGAUAUGAACCCCUUCAGUGAAGACGUUGUAAUACUGUACGAGCUGUACGGCGAAUCGUUUAAAAACUUAACGGGAAAUUUCACCCGCGACAAGUUGAAUAACUUUGUUUCAUCAAAUGUCCAUCAAGACUUACCUGUCAACACUCGACCCACACCGACCCCAGUGCCCGAUUUUGUUUACCGAAGCGCAAAACAGAUUGCAAUUUUUGAUAAGAUUAAAUUUAAAGGAAACUCAUUGAUCAUCCAAUUGUCGGAUAACUGCACAGAAAUUCCUGAAACUUGGGGGCGAGGUACAUGGUCAAUUAAAACUUUUGGAGAGUGUGUGGAUUUCUUUGAGGAUGUUGGGUGUCGCUCAUCCAGCAAAAACUUCCGUCUUGAUAUGACCGAGAGCAGACAUUCUGACAUAGGACCGGUAAAACCCCCCAGUGGAUUCCGUUCUAUGGAUUUUUGUUCUAAAUGGAAGGAUGCAACUAGCAGUGCUUCAUUUAUCCAAUACAGUGUUAGACAGCCAUUCGUUGUUUGCUACUUUUUAUUGCGCUUGAUGUUAAAUGCCUAAAUAAGUCAAAUAGACUUUGCUUAAUUUCGGCCUUAUGAAUUUUACGAAGCUGGAUCUCACUAAACAAUGCCGUCUAAUUUGUCAAGUAUUUAUGUAGGUUAUACAAUUAAGGAUUAAUCUCGUUAUAACAAGAUUCAAGAAAAUGUUAGAAUUAAGAGUUGUUAGAGUGUAUUACACAAAUCAUUGCCUUCGAAAGUGCCAUUCAUUUGCAAUAUAUAUUUAUAUAUAUAGUGCAUACAUACAAUCAAUUCGCUCUUUCUCUCUUUGAUAUUACAGAAGAUGUUUAAUACAAAUUCUGGAAGGAUAGUUUUUUAAUUAUGUGUAAAUAAGUACUUCCGAAAUAACCAUUGUAUUUUAAUUUGUACGACACACUCAUAUUUAUGGCUGCUAUGACUCGAGAUAAUUUAAUCUAUUUUAACCAGGUUGAUAUUAUUCGUCCAGUAUUUGGAUAUUUUUCUUUAGUAAUAAACAUCCUGUUACUUUUAUCUUCAGAAUGA